UCACGAACUCUAACUCUAACCCCCGGGGAUGUUCUAAUCUGCGCCCGUCGCGCACCGCUCCUACUACAACGCGUGUAAAAAAUUCGUACGCAUUUUCCAUCUCAUUCUGUAAGGCGCACGUUAGCCUCGCCGUGUCCAACCCACUGCUUUUCCAUGGCGGGAAAACCGUUAACGUCUUAAAUGCGCCCCUGCUGCAAAACUAGAAUCGACAGUCUCUCCCUCUCUUCUGCGUUCAACGGCCGGAAACAUCAUCAAUCGAUCUCCGUUCGGAGUCAGGAAUGGCGGUGUGCGGGCCAAACUCUCUGAUGUGGUUCCGGAAGAGCCUCCGGAUCCAUGAUAACCCGGCUCUAGAGUACGCCGCCGCCACUAAUGGCGGGGGAGGACAGUCCGGAUGCCUCUACCCGGUGUUCGUCGUCGAUCCGCAUUACAUGGAGCCCGAUCCGACGGCCUUCUCGGCCGGCUCGGGCCGUGCCGGGUUGAAUCGGAUCCGGUUCUUGCUGGAGAGCCUGGUGGAUCUGGACUGCAGCCUCCGGAAGCUUGGUUCCCGUCUGUUGGUCUUGAAGGGCGAGCCUGCCGAAGUUCUGAUUCGCUGCCUAAAGAAGUGGGACAUUAAAAGGCUAUGCUUUGAACAUGACACUGAGCCGUACUAUCAAGCUUUAGAUAUUAAAGUUAAGCAGGACUAUGCUUCUGCUGCUGGCGUUGAGAUUUUCUCUCCUGUGAGUCAUACACUAUUUAAUCCUGCUGAUAUUAUACAAAAGAAUGGUGGAAGGCCACCGUUGACUUACCAAUCAUUUGUGAAGCUUGCCGGGCACCCCUCUUGGGCAUCUUCACCUCUCUCAACAACCAUUUCUUGGCUACCCCCGGUUGGCAAUGUUGGGAACUCUAAGAUUUCAAAUGUUCCAACACUUAAAGAACUUGGUUAUGAAGAUAUUAUACAGGAUGAAUCUACUCCUUUUAGAGGUGGUGAAUCAGUAGCACUGGAGAGGCUGAGAGCUGCAAUUAAUGACAAGGAGUGGGUAGCAAAGUUUGAGAAACCAAAGGGAAACCCGUCUGCAUUUCUAAAGCCAGCUACAACUGUAUUAUCACCCUACUUGAAAUUUGGGUGUCUCUCUUCAAGAUAUUUCUACCAGUGCAUCCAGGAAGUUCAGAAGAAUGUCAAAAGUCACACAUUACCACCAGUGUCCCUUCUUGGACAGCUGUUAUGGCGAGAUUUCUUCUACACUGUUGCUUAUGGAACUCCUCACUUUGAUCAAAUGGAAGGAAAUAGAAUAAGCAAGCAGAUACCUUGGAAUGUUGAUGAUAGACUUCUGGCAGCAUGGAGAGAUGCCAGGACAGGAUUCCCCUGGAUUGAUGCUAUUAUGGUCCAGCUUCACAAGUGGGGUUGGAUGCACCAUCUUGCAAGGCAUUCUGUUGCAUGUUUUUUAACUCGUGGAGAUUUAUUUGUCCAUUGGGAAAAAGGGCGUGACAUUUUUGAGAGACUGUUGAUAGAUUCAGAUUGGGCAAUUAAUAAUGGAAAUUGGUUGUGGCUCUCUUGCUCAUCAUUUUUCUACCAGUACAACCGUAUCUAUUCUCCAACUUCAUUUGGAAAGAAAUAUGAUCCAAAUGGUGAUUACAUUAGGCAUUUCCUUCCCAUAUUGAAAGAUAUGCCAAAGGAAUAUAUCUAUGAGCCAUGGACAGCUCCAUUAAGCAUUCAAACUAAAGCAAAUUGCAUUAUUGGAAGAGACUAUCCUAAACCAGUGGUUUCUCAUGAUACUGCAAGCAAAGACUGCAAGAGGAAGCUAGCCGAAGCAUACGAGUUGAACAAAAAACUAAAUGGCUCGGUGAGUGAACAAGACCUCAAGUUUUUGAGGAGAAAAUUUGAGGAAUAUCAGCAGAAGGGCCAGCAACCCGAGUCCAAGAAGCCCAAGAACUUAUAGCCGAAAGCCAUACCAUCAGACCAAGAAUAAGAAUGCUCUUACUUGAGUCAUCUUGGCUGGAGCAUGGCUUUCUAUGAACAGCAGGCUGAAAGUGGAGUGGAAAGUAAAAAACCAAAAUGAAGACAUAAGAUCAUACUUGUCCACUUAAUUCUUCAAACUCUCUAAAUGUUUUGGUUUAAUGUGAGUUAGCCUCUUUUCUAUAAACCUGCAUUUCAGUGAGUAGUUCCAAUGGCAGCAUUAUGUCUGUAUUUGCUCCCUUGUUCUUCCAAUGCCUCUUUUGUAUUUGCUGUUGAGCAACAAUUAUGAUUAAGUUAAUAAUAGUUAUGUAUAAUUAAAAAUAUGACAUAAUAUC